AUGAGGCCCGCCCUAAAAGAGGCUCACGUGCAUUUAGCUCAAAUUUUCCCAAAUAAAUUCGAAAAUGGGCAGUCUAGCAACUUUAGUAAAGUCAAUACUGGUGAAGAAUCUGGGUUCUAUAAGUACGAUCCGGAAACCAAACAGCAGUCCAUGAUAUGGAGCCCAAAAGGGAAAAACCUAUCCGUAAAAGCUAAGCAACAAAAAUCAGCAACAAAAGUAAUGAUGUCGGUUUACUUCACCCGAUCAAAAAGCGUAGCUGCUAUUCCCCUGGAAAAGGGUCAAACGGUAACUGUAAGUGUAACUGUAGAAACUUGGUACGAAAGAUCGACCGCAAAAAAUAUGUACAACUUUCCAUUUGAAAUCAAGGAAGUUGAACCUCAGUUAAAUGCCGAGCUUCUACGUUAUUUUAAAGGCGAGCGCACAGGAUUUGUGCAGGUGGGUCCUGAAAAGUAUUUCUUCCCUCAUAAGUACAAAGUGGAGGCGGAGAAUUUUUAUAAUUUUCAAGCACGCCCGAGUGAUAUUUGGGUAGCAUCAUUUCCACGAUCAGGCACUACAUUGACACAAGAAUUAGUUUGGCUGUUAGAAAAUAACUUCGAUUUUAAAACAGCUAACCGACUUUCGCUCAGAGAUAGAUUUCCAUUUUUUGAGUUUUCUUUGUUCGUACAUCCUGAAAUUAAAGUGGAGUUACUGUCAGAAAAUGCUAAUGACAAAGGCCAACAAGACUUCAUAGAACAUUUUUCCGCCCCAGGAUACGAAACCUUAAAUUCAUGGCCGCUUAAUAAAAAACGCUUUAUUAAAACACACUUCCCAUUUUCUUUGAUGCCGCCAAGCGUUCUGAAGGAAAAGUGCAAGAUUGUUUAUGUAGCACGCAACCCCAAAGAUGUAGCGGUUUCCUAUUACCAUCUAAAUCGUUUAUUCCGCACGCAAGGCUAUGUCGGUGAUUUUACACGAUAUUGGGAUUAUUUUUCUCGUGGUUUAAAUCCCUGGCUGCCUUACUGUAGCCAUUUAAAGGAAGCGUAUGCCCACAAUCACCUUUCUAAUUUACUUAUACUUAACUAUGAGGAAAUGGUAUCAGACCUGAGUGGUGUCAUUCGGAAAGUAGCUGAGUUUUUAGAUACUACAAUCAGCACGGUGGGCUUGAAAGAUCUUACAGAACAUUUGGACAUCAAGAAUUUCCGGAAGAAUGCGGCUGUUAAUGGCAGUAAAAUGGCGGACAUUGGAGUGUUGCAAAAAGGAGCAGCUGGCUUUAUUCGCAAAGGCGGGUACGGAAAUCGGGAAGAACUUGAAUCCAACUAUGAGUUAAAGAAGCAGAUUGAUCAGUGGAUUGAAAAAAAUUUAGUUAAGUCAAUUGAGUAA